AUUGGGAAGGUGAUCCAAUGGAAUUGCGAGAGCGCGCCGAUUGGCGGAUCCCGUCCAAUGAGAGGAUGGUUAGGGUAGCCGGGUUCGGUCGGUUAGGUGGCCCCGCGAACCCCCCUAGAGGCUGGCGAGUGGGAGCCCUUCUCUCACACGCAAAAGGGGACAUCUCAUCACGACUCUUGGUAGCAGGCACUUCUCCGUAGUGGGCACUCCACUCAUCGUGUCGUCGUACGGGUUUUCCGCGAGAGGCUGUGGGGCCCGAGCCCGGACGAACGAACAAACGAACGAACGAACGAACGAACGAACGAACGAGCGAGCGAGCGAGCGAGCGAGCGAACGAACGAACGAACGAACGAGCGCGACCGGCCGAGCCGCUGGUCGAGUGGGUCUAAGCGGCCGUGAGGACCUCUCCAGGAGUACCCGACAGUCCUCUUCAUUCAUUCAUCCAUCCAUCCAUCCAUCCAUCCAUCCAUCUAUCCAGCCAGCGAGCGAGCCAGCCAGCGAGCCAGCCAGCCAGCUAGCUAGCGAGCCAGCCAGCAAACCAUCCAUCCAUAGACGCUCUCUCCUCUCCUACGGAGAGAGAGUGUAUCCUCGACGAAGGUGGAGGCGAAACGCGUAGAGUGGUACAUCUACCAUCGUCUCUCUAUCGGCAGAGUCCAAGGACUCGAAGACCCCCCGGGUGAUUUCAGUCGGCCGCCGGCCGGCUCUGGCCGGCCACUACUUCUCCUCCACGACCACGUGUGUGCCGUAUUUCCGUUCGCCGGAAUCGCGUCUCGCGUCGUCCCGCGACGAGUCGCGGCGUGUCGCGGCGUGCCUUCUCGCGACGUGACGGAACGUGUUGUGCCUACCGUGUUGUGUCUCCUUCGUCCUACGAAACACGAGCACGGAUCAUCAGUCGUGUGCAACCAGCCCUUCCUUCCAAGGAGGGGAGCCUCGUCCGGGGACGCUGCUGUCAUUUUUAUCAAGUUUCUCGUCGAUAUUGUACGACCUGUUGAAUAGAUAAGAACGGAUCGAGGAUGACGCGGUGUCGUCGCUGGACGCGACCAACCACGCUCGAGUGCACCGAUGCGAUGGACGCGUCCCCCGAACUGCAUCCGAUCCGUUAGUGAAAACCCGUCCGCGAGAUGCGCGUUAUCAAGUUACCUUGAUUACCAUGAAACGAUGCAACAGCUUUCAGUGAUCGGUGCGCCCGAUAGGAUUAUACGUUCAGGUGUGCGACAUUGCUCAUCGACGCUGAUUGAUCGAACGAUUGAGUGUAACUGUGAGAAAUGAUUUGAGAAAAAACUGUGCCCCACUGUGAUGAAUCUUUGCCCAAUCUAGACUUAUAUUACUCUUUAUUCACAACCGUGAACAGUUUACAAUCCUCGAUUCACCGCUCAAGAACAACAACAACAACAAGAACAACAAGAAGAUAAAAAUAAAAAUAAAAAAGAGACAUGUACAAUUAAAAAAAAGAAGAAGGAAAUCGCUGACUAAAAAACAAAACAUCCUUUUGAAAAAAAGAACUCGACGCGUUGUGUCGUUGUUUCCAGUCAUGUCGGUAUCCAGCGGCUAGCCCCGGCCUCAGGAUUCCGCGAAGCGCGAGCUUCAAGUACCUCGAGGGCGCGGGCCUCGUCGAGAUGAGCGGUGGCAGCGGCGGGAACAGCGCCGGCAACCAGGGGAACGGCAAUGCCACCAGCUAUCACCAGCAUCAGCAGCAGCAGCAGCAGCAACAGCAGCAACAGCAGCAGCAACAACAGCAGCAGCAGCAGCAACAGCAACAGACACAGCUGGAGCAAGCUAGCCUGCUGACAGAUCUGAACGGUAUAGACCUGGCGAUGAGCCUAUCGCCUAAACAGCACUCGUCCCACGUACAAGCCGCUGGUGGCGCUCAUACCACACCGUUUAGCGUCACUGACAUUCUCUCACCCAUCGAUAACGAAUCGUUCAGGAAGCUGGAGCAGGUGAUCGGGGUCGGCGUGGUCACGCAUUCUCAGGUCUCGCCUUACGGAAACGCGUGCGGCGCCCGUGUAGGCGGCAACACCGGCAGCUCGAGCGCGAGCAGCGGCAGCCCACCGCUCCACGGAGGCUCGACGCCCGGCGGCGGGACACCGGGGCCGGUCUCCGGCCCGAACGACGCCGCCGGUGGAGGCAGCGCGGCUGCCGGCACCGGCUCAGGCAUGACCGCCAUGGGCAAUCCUUACGCGACCAUGCAACUCACCUCCCAGUACCAGUACUGCGCCGCCGAGUUGUCCUACCACCAUGCGGGGCCUGCGGUCGCCGGGGGCGCGACCGCCACCGAUCCCAUGAGGUCCCAUCAUCCGUGGUACGCGCCCGCCCCGCCGGCCACCAACGACCCCCGUUUCGCCAUCUCGCGGCUAAUGGGAGCCGCGGCGGCUGGUGCCGGGACCAACAUGGCCGGCUGCUCGGUGGGCCAGUCAAUGGGCGACGUGACCAAGUCGUCGGGCAUGGGAGUGGGCGUCGGCGUCGGCGUCGGUGUUGGCAUGGGCGUCGGCGCGAUGCAAUUUCCCCACCUUCCGCAGAGGCGAAAGCGUCGCGUUCUGUUCACUCAGCAGCAGGUUCACGAGCUCGAGAGGCGGUUCAAGCAGCAGAAAUACCUGAGCGCGCCCGAACGGGAACACCUAGCCGCUCUGAUCCACCUUACGCCCACCCAGGUAAAAAUAUGGUUUCAAAAUCAUCGGUACAAGUGCAAGAGGCAAGCGAAGGAGAAGGCGAUGGCCGAACAGAAUGCUCAAAAUCAGAGCGCCAGUUCGCCGCGACGGGUGGCCGUGCCGGUGCUGGUCAAAGAUGGGAAACCAUGCGGAAGCGGCGGCGGCAACGAGGGCAGUCGUGGCGGGCCAAGCGCGGCCUUGGCGAGUCCGGCCCCUCACAUGACCGCGGCGUCGAGCCCUCACGGUUCCCAUCACGCGGCCUCUUCGGUACCUCAUCAUUCGGUGGUCGGUGUGAACCACGUGAUAACGUCCAGCCAGAGUCUUCAGCAUUGCUCGUACUCGAGGACUGGUGGCCAACAGAGCAUGCAACAGCAGCAACAACCGCAAUGCGGCGCUUACCUACCUUUCCAAGGCCGGGCCUGGUAGUACAUGCCAUCCGCGGCGGGGGCCAAUCCCUCCGUCGCAGGUCCAGCUGCUUGGUACCCUUUGGAAGACAGCCCCUAGAAAAAGUCCUGUGUCGCGUAUUCCGUGAAUCGUUUCCAGAACAGCUUACCUGCUGGUUACGGCUGGAUCAUUGGAAUUGAACGACGAGACUGAUCUAGAGAGGGAUACUGUCCUUCCUUAGUGACGAAUAUUCAUACCGCAGAUACUGGACAAAGACUCGGUGAAAUCGUCUGCUCGGUAAGAAGAUGGCAGCACGUUUAACGUUACGCCAACAAGGACGAAAGUGAUUCGAGAGACAUCUGAAGGCAAGAGUAUUUUCUGCGUGGACCGCAGGACGGUUGCUUGGAGUUUAGUGUUCAACGUGAUAACCUUUCUCUUGUACAGCUUGAAGGAAGAGUUACGAAUCACUUUGACUUAUUAUUAAAUAUUUGGAUCGAUGAUAGUCGUGAUGGAUCUAAAAAAAGGAAAAAAAUUUGGGAAUACGAAUAAUUUUCUGCGAUACAAAGUACUUACAUCAAUUUUUGUCACGUUAACUUUGACAAAUUGUUAUUAUUGUAGAAAUUCAAUUCUGUUUCCUGAAGAUCUGUUUUUACAGUAAACAGAUCUAAAGUCUUUCGAAAUUGCAAACAAUUUAAAUUACAGAAGGAUAUUUAAUGUGAUUCUAUCUUGGAAGAGAAAUAAAAUUUGAUACGCACGAACAAAGACGAAUGUGAACGAAUUAGAAGAACGUUAUUACAUACGUACGAUUAAUACUUGUUUAACCUAACAACGAUAACGAAAAUCCCGCUGAAAAAAUAUUGGAUUACGUAGCUGCUACCCAAUCAUCUAUUUUUCAUCGGCGGUUUAUCUUAUCACAAAAAACAAAGCCAAAAUAAUCAGAAUUUCAAUUUGAUGUUAACGAUACGAGUACUUUCUAAUUUAAUUUAAAAUGUUGCUUCGAAGGAAGCUCGGUAAGAAAGAAUCUUGCCCGCCACUCAUUAAUUCAUAUAAAAGAAAUUCAUAUAAUUCGCGUAUUAAUUCAUAUCCAAAGUAUAAUUUCAACCAAGUGUUUCGAAUAUUAAUUAAAAAUUUCAAUUUAAUAAGACUAACGUUAUUGUAUCGAGGUUAUUUUCUAAAUUAAGAAUAACGAUUCGAUUGAAGUUUGAAAACGACACAUAAACUAAUUUUAUAUAAUAAAAACAAAUUUAAACAUCCAACGAACCAGCAUCGAUGCAACAUCGAAACGUUGAAACGGAUUGCAGGUGCGCGAAUAAUCUGGUUAGUGCACUCGAAACGUGUCGAUUCCCAACUGCGAGAAACCGUACACCGAUCGCGGCCAUUGCGUGUGUCAUUCGAGAUUCAGUACUUUCGCGACAUUGUUGUACUGCAACAACGUGUAACAUCAAAAAGGACUCAGAUUUCCACUGGAUAGAAAUUCUACGUGCGGAGCGGUCACGAACGGUCGAAGACAAACUUUUGAAAUUUUCGAAUUAUUCCAGUUGUUUUAUUCCAAUGGACCAAAAAGAAUAUAAUAAACCAUAUAAAAAAAAAUUGAUUCAAUUUUUGUAAAAGAAAAACAAAAAAAAAUAGGAUUCGUAAAAGAAAAUAUUUUAAAUAAAAAUUUAAAAAAGGAAAUAUUUAGCAAUUUAGAUAGUUUUAUCUUAGCCACGGAUUCGUUACUUCGACGCACGAUUAUAUUAAUCUGAGUAAAAAAAACUAACGAAUCAUAGUUGAUAACCAGAGAAAACGGGUCUGUUCGAGACGAUAUUUCUAGAAUUGUUGAUACAUUUUUGGUCGAGUUCAAGCAUCAAUCGUAAUUCGACCGAUACUGAUUUCGGAAUUGGUUGUCGAUAAUUCUAGAGAGUAAAAAAAAUAAUCCAUUUACACAACAAGAAUACAAAGUAAGAUGAAACCAACAAAAAAGGAACGAAAUUCAAGUUUUAUAUAGCGAUUUCUUUUUUUUUUACUUUACCAAUUAUACUUCUAUCUUGAAAUUCAUUUAUAAUUUUUUAAUCAGACGUUUCUUAAAAAUUUAAAUUUUUAUCUUAAUAAGCGCAGAAUCACAAACACGACAAAGAAAAAUAAUAUAAUUGCCAAAAGUUUAUUCCGUUCCGUAUCUUGGAAAACAUUUUAAAACGUCACUUCGACGGAUACCCUAAUUACAAGAACAAGAAACAAUCCGAACCUAACCUAAAAAGGAAAAGAAAAAAAAAAAGAAAAGAAAGAAAAAAGAAAAAAAAACGACGCUUAUUACCUGAAUCUAACCAAAAAAAAAAAAAAAGAAAAAGCCACGAACUCGUUCUCUUACAAUCCUCACACGUAAAUACACCAACCCGCAAUUUUUUUCUCAAAUGUAAACUACCAUUCCCACCAGAUUCUAUGAUGAAACGGAUUGAAAGAAGCGGAAUCUGUUCGUGGUGAAAGGGAUCAGCGGGGGGGAAAAAAGAUCGACCACCAAUCGGGCUGCCAACUCGGGAGAUAAACCUGAAUUAUGUAGUGAAAUAGCAUUCUCUUAACUUUCACGAUUCCGUGCGGCGGCAGAUACGAAAACGGCGGGAAGAAAUUGAAAGAGCACAAGGAUGAUGACUUAUAUAUACAUUAGAUUCGAAACAGUCGAAACGGAUUAAUCGGCCGGCAGACGCGUGGUUUGUUCAAUUGAACGGCUCGGAUCCAACGUUUCCCUUUCUUCCACUGUUGGAAACGGUGAAACCGUGUCGCGAGCAUAUUUCAGACGGACACGUCGAGCCGGGGACACGCGUGUACAUAGUUAGGAGGUGUAUAUUACGGAGUAUAUAUAUUUCUCGCAUCCGUCGCGAAAUUGUGACGCGCGCGGUUCGCUCGCGUAGAAGAGAAUCGAUUUUCCACGGUCGACAACGACGACUACGAGAGGACGAGGAUGAGAAAACGUGCCGGAUAUGAAAAGGAGAGAGAGAGAGUAUGUGUAUGUGUGUGCGUGCGCGUGUGAGUGAGCGAGUGAGUGAGUGAAAAGGUGGCGUGCGCGCUGUGAUAACGAGGUCACAGGUGUGAAUUCGAUGGUGUAAAUAUAAUAUGUGGUAUGCUGAUGUUUAGGCGCACACGCGACGAAGAUAGCGCAAGAAAGAAGUAUGAAAUAAGUGGUGGAAGCCGGGCCCGAAGUUGAAAAGAGGUGAAUUUCAACGGACGGAUCCCGCGUGAAGGAUUUCGCGUUCUACUGUAAACGAUUUUUAGCGAACUCGAGCAUUAUCGACAUUAAUAUAACACAUACACGAUACGAAAAGACAAAUACACACGUACAAUACCGAUUCAUACGUACACAGGUACACACAAAAGCGUAAAAAUAUAACGAUUGACGAAUAGCGAGUAGCGUGUGACGGUGAAAAAAAAAAAAAAAAAAAAAAUUAGAGAUUAUUACAAAGUUUUGUAAAUAACGACAGAGAUAUUAAUAAAAUGAUACUUAUUCAAAGGAAACUUAAA